AGGCUUUGAGUCAUUGAAAGGGAAGUCUCCUGGAAAUGGGGAGUUCCCCGAGGUGAGAGGGCUCAGUGAGGAGAACAGAUUCUCCAGAAUGGAAGGGGAGAAAAGCUCAGUGAUUAUUGAUAGGGGCUUCCUUGCUUAGAGAUAGGGGUUUAAGGAAGGGAAUAUAAUGUUGGAAUUGGUGAAUUUGGGGCAGCUAGGUGGCCCAGUGGACAGAGGGCUGUGCCUGCAGGUAGGAAAACUUAUCUUCCCCAGUUCAACUAUGACCUCAGACACUUACUAGUGACCCUGGGCAAGUCACUUCCCCAUGCUUGCCUCAGUUCUUCCUUCUGUAAAAUGAGUUGGAGAAAGAAAUUGCAGACCACUCCAGUAUCUUUGGCAAGGUCCUCAAGAGUUGGACACGACUGAAAAAACUAAGAACAGGAAGAAUGUGAAGGCUAAGUGAAAGGGGGCAGUAACUGAGUGAGGGUUGGAUCACCGGCUCUCAGUCCAGGGUAGGGGCUUAGUGAAGGGGUUAGUAGGGAGGACCUGGGCCACAGUGAUAGGGAAGAAGACUUAAUGAGGGGUUAGGGUCCUACCUGGGGUCAAUAGAGGCUUGGAGAAGGAGACCGAGGGGCUCUGUGAGAGGGACCUGGGUUUCGUGGGGAUGAAGAAUGAAAGCCAGCCUUGGAUAGCCCUGGAGGGUUAGAAUUGAGUGGAGACUGGAGGCUUAUUGGCUGAAGAGUGAGAAACUCCCUGCUUCCUGGUCCGUGGGUUCCGCCCGCCCGUCUGCCCGCUCCAAAGUCCCGCGCAGCUCCUGGGCCACCGCCCUACACAGCGUGGCUGGCGCUACGGCGGCGGGACUUGAGGCUGAGGCGGGCGGCUGUGAACUUGACCCUACGGCGGCUGUGAACUUGGCUGGACCGACCCUGAGAUUUCAUGGCGGACAAGGAAGGCAUCCGGGCUGUCCAUGAAGAGGACCUGGAUGAGGUAGACUUGAACUACAAAGCCCCAGAGAAGAAGAGUCUGCAGGAGAUCCAGCAGCUGGACCAAGACGAUGAGAGUCUAACCAAGUACAAGCAGGCCCUGUUGGGGUCCAUUCCUGAGGCUGUGGAUCCCAGCCUUCCCAAUGUGCAGGUGACCCGGCUGACUCUGGUGUGUGAACAGGCACCUGGACCCAUCACCAUGGACUUGACAGGGGACCUGGAAUCGCUCAAGAACCAGGUGUUUGUGUUGAAGGAAGGUGUGGACUACAAAGUGAAGAUUUCCUUUAAGGUCAACAAGGAGAUUGUCUGUGGCUUGAAGUAUCUGCACGUCACCUACCGUAAAGGGCUACGAGUGGACAAGGCCAUGUACAUGGUGGGGAGUUAUGGGCCAAGGACAGAGGAGUAUGAGUUUCUGACGCCCAUGGAGGAAGCCCCCAAGGGUCUGCUGGUUCGAGGCACAUACCGCAUCAAGUCUUUCUUCACGGAUGAUGACAAAACAGACCAUCUGUCCUGGGAAUGGGACCUCAACAUAAAGAAGGACUGGAAGGACUGACCCCCACCCCCAAGCUGCCCUCUGACCCCUGACCCACCCGCACCUGCCUCCGCCUCCACGGGCUCUGAGGUCCCCCUCGGGCCAGGCUGUCAGGGACCUUGCUGGGGGGCUGAGAGCCCAGGAUUGGAGCACUAGGUGCGGGUUCCUCUCCCUUUCCCCUCUCCUUUUGGGGUCUUCCUCUGGCCCCCCAGCAUCCCGCUCAGCCCAGGAAGGGGCUGGCUUCCGUUUCCUCUCCCCAGCUGCCCCCAUGCCCAACCCCAGCCUUCUCCUUGGAGGUCUCCUUUCGGGGGACCUAGCACAAUUCCCGUACCCCAAUAGGGAUUCCAAAGCACCCGACCACUCUUCCUCGGUAGGAAGGGCCGGUUCUGCCACUCUCCCUCACCCUUUCGUGUCUGCACCAGGUUAUAGAAAAGCCCGUCUCUUGGUAUCCCCUCCCCCGGCCCCCCCACUCAGGGUCCAGCAGCCAUAUUCCUGGAGGAGGCUUCCAGGGACAGGCGGGGAUGGAGUGGAGGGGAGCAGGCGGGGAGGUCUAAGCCUUCAGCCAUCCCUGCCACCGCCCGGGGCUUGUGUGUGUAACCAAAGCUCAUCAGAGUUGCCUUGUGUCCCUCGCCCUCCCUCCAUCCCGCCGCUCCUCCCCCGCUUCCCGCCAUCUGUGUUCUCGACUGUUCCCAUUAAACGUCCGCGUUUUCUGUC